ACUAUAGAGCAGAGCCGAUCAACAAAUAUCUCUUAACGCUCCUCGGCUUCAUCUUCCUCUUCCUCUCUCCCUCAACUCUGUGUUUCAUUUGGCCAUGUUUUGGAUCUCUAUUUCUUGAUCUGGGCAUCAAAGUUUCUUGUUUAGUUUGGAUGAGUUAAAGCAAUGGGUUUCUUGUUGAUGAUGCGAAGAUACUUUGUUUUAUACAAGACUUACUUUCUAUUUGUAUGAGCAUUCGUUUUGUGGGAUUAUAGAGUUAUGGGUAGAGGUAGGGGGAAGGGAAAGAAAAUGACUGCUAGCAAUCAUGAUGAUACUGGAAGUGGUGAAGAAGAGAAAAUCCCUGUGCAGAAGCGAAGAGGAAGACCUCAGAAACCAUUGAAAGAUGAGAUUGAUGAGGAAGAUGCUGAAAAGAUAGAGGAGGAAGAUGGUGAAAGUGGAAAAACAGGUCUAUCAAGCGGCAAAGAAGUGAAAAGCCCCACUGGUGCAGAGAAUGGGAAAAAGCGGAAGCGAAACUCACAAGCAAAAGAGAAGACUGAUUCAGUGGAGGAGGAAAAUGGUAGUGGAGCCAGAUCUGGGAAUGAUGAUUCAGUUAAAUCUAAUGGAUUCCGGCAUAACGGGAGCAGGAGAAAAAGCACACCUCGUAGGGCUGCUGAAGCAGGUGUAGCGUGCAAGUGAAAUCAUCUUUCAGAAAUUUGAUGGAUCUCUUCUUUUUCGCAUUGCCAGAUAAUUUGCAGGAUAGGAAGUGCGGCAUGUUUGUUUAUUUUUCUGUUGUCAUUUCAAUUUACUACCUUUAAUUUAUUUUAAUUGAGAAUUUUGGAAUGGAUUAUGCUGGUUUUAAGUUUUCUAUGCUAUCUUGUUUUUGUCAU